UCAACAGACGUGUUUGUCUCUAGUUCGUAAUUCAAAAUUUAGUGAAACUAAAAAAUAGAUCUUAUCCCAAAAAUUAAUAACUGAAGACUACUAAGAAAUCAAUUUGUUUGAAACUAUUUGUGAUGUUACCACCAAACAUAAAUAUAUCUCCAGUAAAUAAUUGGUCCUUAUCAAACUUGAUAAAGAAAAGAGUUUUCAUUUAUCUCGUCCUAUUUUCGAUCGUUGGACGUAUUUUAUGGAGUUCAAAAAAACCAUCAUCGACAAAGUUCAGCGGUGAAAAUGUCGUGAUAAAACCUAGAGAGAAACCGUGGUUUUUUAAAGACGGAAAAGCGCCGGCAGUGCGGGCAAAGUAUUCAGAGGAACUAGGUAGACAUGAUGCGAAGAUAAUGCCGUGGCAAGAUCCAAGUGAUCGCUUUGAAAAUCAGCUGAUGUUCAUUCCGCCAAACUAUGAUGAGAAAAAGGUGGAGAAAAACAAAACGAUUCUAUUUUAUAAUGGCGAUGAAGGAUGGUGGCAUGUUUUUGAUCAAUGGGAAACAUGGUUUACAAAUAAAAAGUGUCCAGUUAAUCGUUGCCGAUUCACAAAGAAUCGCAAUGAAUCCGAUACGGCUGCCUUUAUCUUGUUUUCCGGACAACAUAUGGCGCAAAAUUUAACUAAACAACCACAUCAAGUUUACGGAUUUUACAGACUCGAGAGUCCAGUUCAUUGGACUACAAAAUUCACAAGCUCAAUCAUUUAUAAUUGGACCAUAACGUACAGGCACGACAGUACGUUUCCAAUUCCUUACUUUAAAUGGCUAUAUUUCGAUCCACAAAUCAAGCAAAUGAAGCAAACUCGAUACUAUGCUCUAAAUAAAACGAAAAAAGUCGCUAUGAUUGUGUCAAACUGUGAACCACAUAAUGAUCGACAGAUAUAUGUAGAGAAACUCCAGAAAUACAUCGAUGUUGACAUAUACGGUGCAUGUGGAACGAAACAGUGUUCGAAAAACUCAAAUGGGAACCAAGAAGAUGAGUGUUGGGAUCUCAUAUCAAGAGAGUAUAAAUUCUAUUUAUCAUUUGAAAAUUCGCAUUGUUGGGAUUACAUCACCGAAAAAGCGUAUCGCAAUGCAUUAAUUCAUAAUGCAUUACCUGUUGUAUUGGGCGCUCGUCGUGAAGAUUACGAAAGACAACUUCCAUUAAAUUCGUUCAUUUAUGUCGAAGAUUUCGCAACGGUUAAGGAUUUAGCCGACUAUUUACACAAAGUCGAUCAAGACGAUGAUCUUUAUAAUUCAUAUUUUCAGUGGAAAGGAACCGGCGAGAUACUAGACAAAUUCGAACUUCUUUGGUGUCGGGUGUGUGCAUUACUCCACGAUGAAGAUACGAUGAACACUUCACAUUGGUAUGAAGACAUAAAUAAAUGGUGGUUCGAUCCGAAAUCAAUGCGAAGCGGAUUUUGGCGUGAUACCAAUUGAUUUUGAUUAAAAAGAGACGACCACAAUGAGAUAAUUCUCUUUUAG